AUGAAGGAACACAACACCGAAAAACAAAUCGAAAUUGAUCAUAAAAUAGAUCGUUUGCCAUCAUCACCAAAAAUUCGUAAAGCAUCUAAAUGGAAACACUUUCGAUGCGACAUCUGCGAUAAGCUACUUGCUUCAAAGGGCUUUUUAGAGCUGCAUCACAGAAGACAUCAGCAAGCACCUCAUUGUUGUAAGAUAUGUAAAAAAGAAUUUCAAACGAAAUCGUUAUUCAGAAGACAACAAGUUAUUCAUAGUGAAGAUCGACCUUUCAAAUUCGAUAUAUGUAAUAAGGGCUUUAAAAUGAAACUCCAUUUAAAAAGGCAUCAUGAAAUCCACAGUGAAGAAUGCUAA